AUGUCGAAGUCAGAGUCUCCUAAAGAGCCCGAACAACUGCGGAAGCUAUUCAUCGGUGGGCUGAGCUUCGAGACGACGGACGAAAGUCUGAGGAGCCAUUUUGAGCAAUGGGGGACGCUCACGGACUGUGUGGUAAUGAGAGAUCCAAAUACCAAGCGCUCCCGAGGCUUUGGCUUUGUCACAUACUCAACUGUGGAAGAGGUGGAUGCAGCCAUGAAUGCAAGGCCCCACAAGGUGGAUGGAAGGGUGGUGGAACCCAAGAGGGCUGUCUCCAGAGAAGAUUCUCAAAGACCAGGUGCCCACUUAACUGUGAAAAAGAUCUUUGUUGAUGGAAUUAAAGAAGACACUGAAGAACAUCACUUAAGAGAUUAUUUUGAGCAGUAUGGGAAAAUUGAAGUGAUUGAAAUCAUGACUGACCGAGGCAGUGGCAAGAAAAGGGGCUUUGCUCUUGUAACUUUUUAUGAUCAUGAUUCUGUAGAUAAAAUCGUUAUUCAGAAAUACCAUACUGUGAAUGGUCACAAUUGUGAAGUGAGGAAAGCCCUGUCAAAGCAAGAGAUGGCCAGUGCCCCUUCCAGCCAGAGAGGUCGAAGUGGUUCUGGAAACUUUGGUGGUGGCCGUGGAGGGGGUUUCGGUGGGAAUGGCAACUUUGGUCGAGGAGGAAACUUCAGUGGACGAGGUGGCUUUGGUGGCAGUCGUGGCGGUGGAGGAUAUGGAGGCAGUGGAGAUGGUUAUAAUGGAUUUGGUAAUGAUGGAAGCAACUUUGGAGGUGGUGGAAGCUACAAUGAUUUUGACAAUUACAACAAUCAGUCUUCAAAUUUUGGACCCAUGAAGGGAGGAAAUUUUGGAGGCAGAAGCUCUGGCCCUUACGGUGGUGGUGGUCAAUAUUUUGCCAAACCACGAAACCAAGGUGGCUAUGGUGGUUCAAGUAGCAGCAGCAGCUAUGGCAGUGGCAGACGGUUUUAGUAACUGCGAGAAAACAAAGCUUAGCAGGAGAGGAGAGCCAGAGAAGUGACAGGGAAGCUACAGGUUACAACAGAUUUGUGAACUCAGCCAAGCACAGUGGUGGCAGGGCCUAGCUGCUACAAAGAAGACAUGUUUUAGACAAUACUCAUGUGUAUGGGCAAAAAACUCGAGGACUGUAUUUGUGACUAACUGUAUAACAGGUUAUUUUAGUUUCUGUUCUGUGGAAAGUGUAAAGCAUUCCGAAAACAAGGGUUUAGAUGUAGAUGAUUUUUUUUUUGCACCCAUGCUGUUGAUUGCUAAAUGUAAUAGUCUGAUCAUGACACUGAAUAAAUGU